CUGUUGAGGGAACAAAACUUUCCCCUGGCCAGAAGCGGGGAGAAAGGGGACACACGUAGGGGCCCUGUGGGACCCGGUGAUGAUAGGGUGUCAGGCUCUCUGGAAGUGACCAGGCCUGGGGAACAGGGCAUGGCGCAGGUGGAUGGGGUCCCCUGGCCCGGGGCUGCCCUGGGCCAGGCCUGCAUCUUCAAGCUGGUUCUCCUGGGCAGUGGUUCUGUGGGCAAGUCCAGCUUGGCUCUCCAGUAUGUGAAGAACGAUUUCAGGAGCAUCCUGCCGACCGUGGGAUGUGCGUUCUUCACAAAGGUGGUGGAUUUGGGGGCUGCGUCUCUGAAGUUUGAGAUCUGGGACACGGCUGGCCAGGAAAAGUACCACAGCGUCUGCCACCUCUACUUCAGGGGUGCCAAUGCUGCGCUUUUGGUGUAUGAUGUCACCAGGAAGGCUUCCUUCUGCAAGGCGCAGCAGUGGCUGAAGGACCUGGAGGAGGAGUUCCACCCGGGAGAAGUCGUGGUGAUGCUGGUCGGCAACAAGACGGACCUCAAGCAGGAGCGGGAGGUGACCUUUGAGGAAGGGAGGGAGUUUGCAGAGAGCAAAGGGUUGCUGUUCAUGGAAACCUCGGCCAAACUGAACCACCAGGUGACUGAAGUCUUCAGUGCUGUCGCCCGAGAGCUUUUGCAGAGACAAGAGAAGAAGGAGGGCCAGAGGCAGCAGGGAGAUGCACGGCUGGCUCUGAAUGAGACGCCCCCGGAGCGGGGCAGAUGCUGCGCCCGCUAGAAGGGGCCACUCCAGGAAAGGCCGUGGGGAGGAUGCGCCCAGCCCACAACCCACUGGUCCUCAGGGUGAGCCACCGCCAGCUCCACGUCGCUUGUGGUACUUAUCCUGAUUCACUGUUGAUGCUGGCUUGCUCCUGAGUCCUAGAGGCUCUGCAAGAGGGCAUCCCUUAGAAUAACCACCUCCCAAGCUGGUGGGAAUCAUUCAGGAGAGGGUCCCAUGUCCAAGGCUCCCAGAAGGUGUCAGCUCCACCUCUCAGACACCAGAUACCGACUGAAUCCCUGAUGUCCUGGGGGGUGGGCACGAAUGGCCCUGCCCUUAGCUGCCUGGCCACCGGACACUGGAGAAUGAAAUGGUCAGAGGGGAAAUAAAGAUCGGAAAAUCACCCAGCAUGCACUUGGUGUUGGGCAGGGGGCUGCCCGGGGGCUUGGGGCCCCCCUGCUCCUGGGAGGUGGGAGAGGGGACAGCAGGCCCAGCUGCAGGGGGCAGUGCCAGGGAGAGAUGGCGUGACCAUCAUGGGGCUGGGCCCGUCGUCACUGGAUCUCUGUGAGGUUCCCCCGAAGGACGGUGCCUGACAGAGGGCAGCUGGGGAUGGGGGUGGGGGAGUCAGGCCCCCUACUCUCUGCUCCUCUCUGUGAAUGCGAAGUGGUGCUUGUGCAAAGCACGCCAGGACUCAGACUUCAAGCCGAGGUGCAAAUUGUAUCGCGUAUGAGUUUUUCUCCGAAAAGUAAACCGAUUUCUAUCAUGUG